CCGCUCGCGUCCGUCCGCGAGGUCGAGCGCAGGCGCAUCACCAAGGACGAGCGGGAGAAGCUCAAGCUGACCCUGCUGGGCGUCGUCGUGGACGAGUGCGGGAUCUGUCUAUCCCAGUUUAGGGACGAAGAGCUAGAGGUGCUGGCGACCUUGUGCCAACAUUUGUCAGUGUUCACCUGUCUGUGA